AUGCCCUUCUCCACGUUGAGAUUCAACUUGGCCGUGACGUCGCCCUACAACGCGGACUUCGACGGCGAUGAGAUGAAUCUCCACCUGGCGCAGUCUCACGAAACGCGGGCAGAGAUCAAGCACAUGAUGCUGAAUCCCAGACAGGUGGUGUCGCCACAGGGGAACAAACCCGUGAUGGGCGUGGUGCAGGACAGUUUGCUGGCGACGGCCAAAUACACCAAGAGGGAUACCUACAUGGAGAAGGAUUUGGUGAUGAAUAUCCUCAUGUGGCUGCCUGUAUGGGACGGUCAACUUCCUCCACCAGCCAUCAUGAAGCCCAAGAUGCUCUGGACAGGGAAGCAGAUCCUCUCCAUGCUUCUGCCAAAGACUCUGUCCAUGAAGCGCGAUGCGGCCAUCGCCUCGAAGAACCGCAAGGACGAGGCGGACUUCGCGGCCAGCGACUGCAAGGUGCUCAUCAUGAAUGGUGAAUUGCUCAGUGGCAUCGUGUGCAAGAAGACGAUCGGCUCUUCCAGUGGUUCCUUGCUCCACUUAGUCUGGCUCGAUUCAGGGCCUGAGUGGUGCAGAAAUGUGCUGUCAUACAUCCAGAAGAUGGUGAACCAGUGGCUGACCCACAACGGGUUUUCUUGUGGCGUGGCAGAUAUCAUUGCCAACGACCAGACGCUGCUCAAUGUGGAGAAGACGCUGAAACAGGCCAAGAAUGAGGUGCGCAAUAUCCUGGCAGAUGCCCAGCGAGGAAAGCUGGAGACACAGCCUGGAAAGACCAUGUACCAAUCCUUCGAGGCCCGCGUGAACCAGCGAUUGAAUGCAGCUCGAGAGGAUGCAGGGAACAUUGGAGGGAGCUCCCUGGACGAACGGAACAACAUCAUCUCGAUGGUGAAUGCAGGUUCCAAAGGGUCCCCUCUGAACAUCGCCCAGAUCGUGGCCUGUGUGGGGCAGCAGAAUGUGGAAGGCUCCCGCAUCAGGUAUGGCUUCAAUGAGCGCACUUUGCCUCACUUCACAAAGGACGAUUACGGAGCAGAGGCUCGAGGCUUUGUGGAGAACAGCUACCUGGCCGGUUUGACGCCACAGGAGGUGUGGAUGCACGCCAUGGGAGGUCGCGAGGGAGUGAUUGACACGGCCUGUAAGACCUCAGAGACGGGGUAUAUCCAGCGCCGCCUCGUGAAAUCCAUGGAGACUUUGAAGGUGGCCUACGAUGGUACCGCACGGAACGCAUGCAACGACAUCAUUCAAUUCCUCUACGGUGAAGAUGGUAUGGACGGUCUUUGGAUCGAGGAUCAGACGUUGGACAUCAUGACCUACGACCACAAAUCCUUGGAGAACAACUUCCAGCACAAGUAUCAUACUCCGGACUAUGGCCUUGACUGGUUGACAGAGGAGCAGCUGGAAGAGAUUCGGACCAAUCCUCAACACCAGAAGCUUCUGGAUGAAGAGUGGGAACGGCUGAAGCAUACGAAGGAGGUGAUCUGCAAAGAGGUCUUUCCGGAUGGCGAUGUGAAGCAGCACAUUCCCAUCAACAUCACAAGGCUGUUGGAUCGUGCUCGUCAGAGGAUCCACCAAGAGGAUGGCUCCCGUGCGGAUGAGAGGUAUUCUCCAGUGGAGGUUGCCGCGAAGGUGGAGAACCUCUUGAAGGAGCUGGAAGUGACCCGAGCCAUUGCGGAAGGGGACACCAUUGGCCGAGAGGUGGAGGACAACGCCAAGGUGAUUCUCAACGCACACUUGAGAUGCGCCUUAGCCUCUCGCAAGAUCGUCCAGAAGGAGAAGCUGUCCAAACAGUCCUUCGACUGGCUCUUGGGUGAGGCGGAAGUGGAGGUGGAAGUUGAUGCAGACAUGGUCGAGGAGAAACUGGAGGAGGAGGCGGAGGAUGAGGAGAAGGAGGACGACAGAUUCCGAUGUUGCCAGAGGGGAGGCAUUGAGGGGGCCGAGUUGGCGACACGAAACGAAACCGAGCAUUUGCACUUGGUCUUGGAUGAAGCCAAUGGUGUUGCCUUUUUUGAGCAGGAGAGUUCGUUUCAGUACUCCGCACCCAUGGGUCUAGCUCUGUUGCUGCCGGGGCUUCUUGCAUAUCGCCCCUCGUUCUUCCGCCGGGCGGGCUGGGCUGAGCUGGGGUUGUUGCAAGACUAA